CUUCAUGACUUGGUAAUGCCAUUUUGCUACGAAAACAGUGUCGCGUGAGUUGAGGAAGAGUAUUAUUCUUACAUACAUAAAUUACACUAUUUUGUAUUAUUCCGAAUUAAUCUAACAUAACUGACACUGUAGAGAAAUACAGUUCUUCGUUAGGGGCGUGAACUGGCUCAUUUAUUCCUGAGAGCCACUUUUUCAGACAGGGUAGCGCUAACAAAGGAACAUCAGGAUCCAAGCAGUUAUUAACUGGUAAAGUUCUUUGCUAUUUCCCCUGGUGUAUAUAGUUUACUAUUUAUUUUUUGCCGUAUUUCGAUCAUUAAGCGAUCGAUUAAGGCUAUAUUUUACCGUUGCUAAGCAAUAUAUUUGUUAUUCGUGCUCGCACGCGCUAGCUGCUAACGUAAACGUGCGCACGCCCUAAAGUUCACGUUACCGCAUUUGUUUCGCGAGGUUGCUCGAUUGAGAAGAGAUGGCGGAGAUGUACAUUCGCGUUGCGGAGGAGGAAAAUGAAGAGCCGAUGGAGAUCCCGUCUGAGGACGACGGCACGGUGUUGCUGUCCACAGUGGCCGCUCAGUUUCCAGGGGCGUGCGGCCUGCGCUUUCGGAGCCCAGUGUCGCAGUGCAUGAGGGGAGUGCGCUUGGUGGAUGGAGUUCUGCACGCCCCCGAGAACGACUGGGGAAACCUGGUUUAUGUGGUCAAUUAUCCCAAAGAAUCCAUCCUCCCAGAUAAUAAGAGGAAGAUGGAUGAGAUCGAUGCCUCAUCAGCAACAAAGAUCAAGAGAGGGGACCAGAAGACCUCAGAUCUGAUUGUGCUGGGUUUGCCAUGGAAAACUUCAGAACAAGACCUAAAAGACUACUUCAAUACAUUUGGGGAAGUCAUCAUGGUCCAGGUCAAGCGGGACUUGAAGACUGGUAAUUCGAAAGGAUUUGGUUUUGUGAGAUUUACCGAGUGGGAGACUCAGACCAAGGUGAUAUCACAGAGGCACAUGAUUGAUGGCAGGUGGUGUGACUGCAAAUUGCCAAACUCAAAGCAAGGUCCCGAUGAGCCAAUGAGGAGCCGGAAAGUGUUUGUGGGCCGUUGCACAGAAGACAUGACCGCUGAUGAGCUCCGUCAGUUCUUCUUGCAGUACGGGGAGAUAACCGAUGUCUUCAUUCCAAAACCCUUCAGAGCGUUCGCUUUUGUCACCUUUGCUGAUGACCAGGUUGCCGCCUCACUGUGCGGAGAGGAUCUGAUCAUCAAAGGAGUCAGCGUGCACAUUUCCAAUGCUGAACCAAAACACAACAACACUAGGCAGAUGAUGGAACGAGCGGGACGCUUUGGGAAUGGGGUCGGAGGUCAGAGUUUUGCAGGCAGCCGGGGUGGCAUGGGGGGUAGCUCCAGCAACAUGGGGAAUUUUGGCAAUUUUAACCUUAACCCAGCCAUGAUGGCUGCCGCCCAGGCUGCCCUGCAGAGCAGUUGGGGCAUGAUGGGUAUGUUAGCUCAGCAGAAUCCGUCCACAACAUCUGGCACAAGCGGCACAAGUUCUAAUCGGGACCAGACCCAAACAUACAGCUCGGGCAACAGCAACUACAGCGGAAGCUCAGCCGCUCUCGGGUGGGGCUCUGCCUCCAACACUGGCACUGGUGGUAGUGGGUUUAACUCAAGCUUUGGUUCUAGUAUGGAUUCAAAGUCAUCAGGGUGGGGUAUGUAAGUUGUGUUCGGUUUUUGAUUUUGAAGUGUUGGUAAUUCUAGUGUGUUUGGUAAGUAUAUUUCGAGAGACAUAUCUCGUCACGUGUGUUUGGGGAGUGGAGAUGGGUGAAAGGGGCGUCUGGGGACAUAAAAUAAACAGAUUUUGUACAUUAAAUGCAGUUUAAUUUAGUGUUUGCAGUGAGAUGUUAACCAGGAUGUUGCAUUAAUGUACCAUCUUUGGGGUUGUUUUUUUUUCCCUCAAUGUUGUAUCGUCUUAGUUGAUGCAAAGCAUUUCAACUGGAUUCUUAUAAUGCAUGUUGUUCUAAUCUAUGAAUAUCUGAAAAUGCAUGAGUUGCAAUCGUCUUUAAAGAAAGAAAGAAACUUGCAUUUUGAAAGUUGAAACCUGAAAAUAUUUAAGUUCAGCUAUAAUGCAGUCCAGUUGUUUGGAAACACCUUAAAACAAGCCUUCAUCAUAAUCUCUUCUGCAGUUGACAUCUGUGGGGUUUGCCUGGGAAGAGGGCCCUCUAUGGCAGCACAGUGUGGCUGAGGUCAUUAGGUCACCUGCCUCCCCAUGUCUAUAUGCUCUCAUCGCACGGCUUGAUGACACGGUGGGUGUCUCCUUUUUAAUCAACAUUUUAUGACAAGAACUGCGCAGAAAGUGACUUUUUUUUUAACAACACUUGAGUGCGAUUGGUGAUGGCGAAGAGUGAGAAGGCUGCGAGUGAGCGAAGAAAGUGUGGAGCGCACGAACGGAAAGACUUGCGAGUGCGAUGAAAGAGAGCCCAAUUGUGACAGAAGUGGAUGGCUUUAGUGAGCGUGUGAAUGAGAGCUGUUAAAACUUCCCAGCUUCCCCUUAAUUGAGCCCAAAUAAUGGACAUUUAGUUAACGUGUGUACCUUUUUAAAGAUUUUAAUUUUUUUUCUCCCUAGGUCCCCCAUUUUACUUUUCUCCUUUAGAAUACUGACAAUAUGCUUAAGUAGUUAGUGGAAUGUUGUGAUGAUGAUGCAUACUUUGUGUCUUGCUUCUAUUAUCCCAUCUGAAUGCUGUAUGGUGUGUGUGUGUGUGUGUGUGCUUUAUUUCCUUGUAACUUGACCUGUAAGUGUGAACUUUGUGGAUGACAUCUUUAGUGGACACUGAGGGGGGGGGACACAUGAGUGAUGGUGUAAGAGUGACCUGUAUGUAGAGCUGUGGAUGUCUGUGUAGUUCUCUCUAGAUAAUGUUGCUCUGUGUUUUCAAAGGAAUUUUAUUAAACUUGUCAAAUGAAGGGAGUGCUUCAAUAAAACUAAUUUGAAUAGAUUGCUGUUUUCUCUUACUGGU